CUACUCGUCCGCCUUUCUUUAUAAUCUAUUUCUCUCUCCGAAAAAACGCAGCAGGAAGGUCAAGCUAUAUUCGACCACCUUCAAUCUCUGUUCCUCUCGCUUACGCCUUUCUUGUUGGUGACUUUCCCUCUUGAAUUGACAACAACCAACAUUAAACUUUUAUCAGCAGCAUUUGAAUUCCUUCCGUGGUUGGGUUUUUUUUAAUAGAAAGCAGAAAAUGCCAGCCCAGAAACGUCCCUAUGACACCCACCAACAAGACGAUGAUCUUCUGCUGCAAGACCUCCCCAACAACCGCCAUGAACAGCAGCAGCAGCCGCUUCCUGAUGAUGAUGAUAAUGAUGGCGGUGCUGAUGAAUCUGAUCGAAGCCCAUCUUCGAGUAAUGAAGAAGAGAAAGAAGAAUAUGUUGUAGUGAAGCUGUCCGAAAUACGCAAGGAAGUACAGUGUCCAAUCUGUCUAGGGAUCAUUCGAAAAACCAGGACAGUAAUGGAAUGCCUGCAUCGCUUCUGCAGGGAAUGCAUAGACAAAUCUAUGCGGCUUGGGAACAAUGAGUGCCCUGCUUGCCGCACCCAUUGCGCCAGUCGUCGUUCUUUGAGAGAUGACCCAAAUUAUGAUGCAUUAAUUGCUGUGUUGUAUCCUGAUAUUGACAAAUAUGAGAAAGAGGAAUUAGCAUUUCAUGAGGAGGAGAAGGCACGCAAUAAGCAGAUCCAAGCUUCUAUUGCCCAGACUUUUCGCCGACAAGCAGAAGCUCUUGGCAGGAAAAGGACAACAGCUAGAAACACAGUACAUACAUUUGCAAGGAGAACACCAGGCCGUUGCCGAGAUCCCAACUCAAGAGGAAGGAGAAAUCAUCGAACAGCUGAUAUUCAAGGGUCUGAUGACAAUGGAGAUGCAAAUUGUGAUGGAAGCAAAGAUUCAUCGUCUGCUGAGGAGCACAGUGUAGAAGUUAAAUCAAAAAGAUAUAAGAGAUGGGGAGGUGGUCGGUCCAAAGCUGCUAAUGCAGAUGGCGGUGGAGAUGAAAAUGACUCAGAAUUGAAUAGGGAAUCCAUGGGAUCCUGUGCUGGGCUUGUUGGCCCCUCAGAAAGGCUUGCCUGGGGCAAAGGUGGUAUGCGGAGUCACACAAGAUAUGGCAGUGCAAAUGCUGGCAACGGAAAGAAUGCCCGAAACAGUCGUAUCUCUAAGUUAGCAGAGUAUCUUCGAAACUUGGAGGAAACUGAUAAUGAGAAGGAUAUCCACCUCAUGCUUGUUUCUUUUGAUGAUCAAAGAAUACCCAGUUUGCAGCGGCCAUAUCUUCGCUGCAAGCCAACUUUUUCAGUCAAACAGCUAUCUCAGUAUGUUGCUCUCCAAACUGCUCUGCAAGUAGAUGAAGUUGAAAUAUAUCUGGUGAAAGAGUUAAAUUCAAAGCUUAAUACUUCAUCCUCAACAAAUGUAUCAGUUUCUAAGCCUAGUGUAAUUGAUCCAUGCAAAGACAAGUUGCAAGUUUUAGAAGAGCAAGAAACUCUGGCAGGGCUUAGAACGUAUAAUUCCACUCAAGGGCAUCUGCUUUUGGCGUAUCAGAAAAAGCUUUAGAAGUAAAAUGGUGACAAGGUUGCCUCCAAGCUUGUCAUAGAAACCAUCUUGUUUUUACAGAAUGAACGUAUAUAUAUAUUCACGUACCCAAUCAAGUUUUAUUUUUACA